AUGUCGUACAAGUCCUCGUACUUUCGAUGUCUUGAACAUCGAUUAUCAACAUUACAUGAAGAUAUGGAUGACCAAGAGGCGCUCGCUGUUAUCAAUAAUGACAUGCCACCGGAAAAAUUGCGAUCGCUCGUUCAACAAGGCAAUACAACAUCGUUCAUAUUUUCAAUUAAGAAUCGAAUCGGAGGUUUAGCACGAGCUUUGCAAGUGUUUCAGGAUAAUGGUAUCAAUGUCGUACAUAUUGAAUCUCGUCGUUCACGUCGUACCAAUUCCGAAUAUGAAAUCUACGUUGAUUUGGAAGCGGAUCGUGCGCUUGUUCAUGAGUCCAUGCAACAACUAAAACGCCAGGUGUCAUGCGUUCGUUUCGAUUUGAACAACCUUUCGGAAUUAAGUGAAAACCUUGAUAAACUCAAUGAUGAGGUUUUUAAUGGCGAUGGGUCAACAAAUGGUAACGAAAAUCUCGAACUACCACCACCAUCACCUUUUCUCGAUGAAAAUGGUGAACCAAUCCGCCGUAAAAUCUAUGGCGCCGAUACGGCAUCAGUCGUCUCUUCUCUACAUUCGAGUAUAUCAUAUUUAAGCGAUAUCUAA